AAUAAACCAAAACUUGGAGCAAACUCGGGGUUUGGGGCUGCCCGAAUUUGUUUUGAGCAAUAGUGCUGUCUUACCUGAUUUUACCUUUCGCCCCAUACCUGACAGCUCCUCUAAUGUCGGAUUUCAAGCUCGGGAUUGUUCGACUUGGCCGUGUGGCCGGGAAGACAAAGUACACUCUGAUUGAUGAGCAGGACAUACCCUUGGUAGAAAACUAUGCCUUUGAGGCACGCAUGGAGGUAGAUGCAGAUGGCAAUGGUGCAAAAAUCUUUGCUUAUGCCUUUGACAUCAGCAAAGGCCGUUGGGCUGGUCGACCACUGCACGAACUGCUUUGGGAGAAGCACAGAGGUGGGAUUGCUCCAAGCUUCCAGGUAGUCCACAUAAACUCAGUUACUGUAGACAACCGCCUUGACAACCUGCGCCUGGUUCAUGUCGGCUGGAGUCCUAAACCAGAGGAGCUGUCUAGCAAACAAAGAGAGCAGUCCCUUUAUUGGCUGGCCAUCCAGCAGGUGCCAGCAGACCCAGUGGAGGAGCAGUACUUGGAGCUGAGUCGUACGCGCUACUACAAUGCUAACGGAGAGCUGGUGGAGGAGGAGGAGUGUUCCUGUACCUACUAUGAGUGUCACUACCCCCCCUGCUCACUCAUCGAGAAGAGAUUGCGAGAGUUUAACAUUUGUGGACGGUGCCAGGUGGCGCGUUACUGUGGCUCCCAGUGUCAGCAGAGAGACUGGCCCGCCCAUAAAAAGCAGUGUCGCGAACGGAAACGGGCUCUGGCCCUGGAGUCGGAGCCUGAACGAUGAUCCUCCAGAACCCCGUGUUUAGGGGUCUUGGGAUGGGGAUGUGGGGUGAGAUGGAUGGAUCUGAAGUGCAAAAAAAAAUCCUCUGACAGACUAAUAUGAUGAGGGACAGUGUUAGUAGGUGAAAAGUGUCUGUUUCAAAAAAC